CAGCUCCGUGGACUCUACAGCGACCUCUUCUUGCAAGGUCCCACUGAUGUCAAGAAGGUACGCUCGUGGCAGCGACAAGAGCGGCCCGUGCGAGACAUCAUGUCCACCUUCGAAGCGCACCCGCCCCCAGGCCGCGGACAAUGCUACCUCUGGUUCUUGCAGCACCCCACCAUCCCCAGGAAUCCCGCUGCCAACCGCGCCACCUCCCUUGAGGAAAAUAUGGACAGCGACAGGGCCGCCACGCUACGCACCGGCUGGACUCUCUUCGGCGGCUCUCCACUGGACGACUUGGACGUGAUUAAGAAGGGAUUGCGCAGAAUGCCUAUCUUCCAGCAAGCCUGCCACCUGAUGGACUUCAUGGCCCUCACCUACUCCCAUCCACCCCCGGCGCCGGAUGACUGGGUCGGGUUCGGGUUCGUCGCCACGGCGGUGGAGACCCAGGAGAUAUCAGUACGGCGUUUGCGGAACUCGCUGGCCCGACGGCUCCAGCUCUGCGUGGGGUACGCCAGGGGGUAUCCCCGCGCCCUUCCGACGCCAUCAUUUGGGCUUACCUCUCGACAUGGGUCUCUUCGAAGACGUGAUGGAAUGUUCCCCAAGCAGCGCGGCGACGUCUUCGGGUCCACACGUCCAGGGGAUAAGAAGAGGGACCCAUCGUGGAUCCUGCCCACGCUUCGUACCGACCACGGCUACGACAACCGCGCUAACGUGGUGGAGAUCGAGCCGCUGGACGACCUGUACGUACGCCUCUUUGCACACCUCGAGAAAGGAGCGGGUCCUCUGUACAGGCAUGCAUGGACGGGGGGCUGUGGGCGUACGUGA